AUGUCCCUGAAGGCGGUGCGACAGCCGCUGGAGGGCAGCGGAGGCGGCGUGGCCCGUCCUGUCCUCGCCACGAGGCCGCAGCAGACGCCAGUGUCCGGGAAGGUUUUCAUUCGGCGAGACUACAGCAGUGGCAUCCGCUGCCAGUUCCAGACCAAGUUCCCCGCGGAGCUGGAGAACCGGAUUGACAGGCAACAAUUUGAAGAAACAGUUCGAACUCUAAAUAACCUUUAUGCUGAAGCAGAGAAGCUCGGGGGCCAGUCCUAUCUUGAAGGCCGCCUGGCUUGUCUAACAGCGUACGCCAACUUCCUGUGCAUGGAAACUCACUACGAGAAGGUUCUGAAGAAAGUCUCCAAAUACAUUCAAGGGCAGAACGAGAAGAUCUAUGCUCCCCAAGGCCUCCUCCUGACAGAUCCCAUCGAGAGAGGACUCCGAGUUAUUGAAAUUACUAUUUAUGAAGACAGAGGCAUGAGCAGUGGAAGAUAAACCGUAGAAUUAAAGGCCCACCUCCAGCUGGGACCCUCAUCUGUGCACCGGCCGA